GUAACUGUAUAAACCCUCCCAAGUUAGAAAAUGGUGUGUGGUUUCAUCGUACCGCUCAGACCCCAAUACAAGUGGGUGACAGAGUUGUUUACAAAUGUAAUCCAGGUUAUGUUGGUAAAGGACCUUCGCGAUCUAUUCAGUGUAAAGACGAUUCAACUUGGUCAUCACUACUGAUACUUUGUGAACCCCGAAGCUGUGGUAAUCCAGGUGAAAUUCUGAACGGAUAUUAUAAGGGAACAUCUUCAACACUGGGAAGUAAAGUUAUUUUUUAUUGCGAAAAAGGAUAUAGGUUGGUUGGUAGAAACUACCGGAUGUGUACUGCUAACGGCUGGGAUGGUCAGAUCCCCAGAUGUGAAUCUGGCACAUGUGAUGAUCUUCCACCUAUUCCGAAUGGGGAAACUCCGAAACCACCAAACAAUGAGCACUGGGAAAUUGGAAUGGUAGCAACGUUUUCUUGCCGUGAUCAAUACUCAUUGAUUGGUGCAAGUGAUCUUGUCUGUACAGAGACCGGAAAGUGGGACAAAGAUCCUCCAACAUGUAAAGUUGUUGAAUGUCAACCUCCCCCAAAGAUUAGAAAUGGUCGUAUCGUAACAGGAUGGAGACCACCUUUCAAGUAUCAGAAGGGGGUCACCUAUGCCUGUUCUGAAGGUUAUACCAUGGUUGGCAGCAAAACCAUUGAAUGUCGUGAAAAUAACGAGUAUAUACCAUCACCACCCAGGUGCAUAAAAUCUGUCGAUUGUCAGCAGCCCAGAACGAUUGCCAAUGGUUAUAUAAUAUCAGCACCCAGGUCAACUUACAAAUAUCAGGACAGAAUCACCUACUCCUGUAAUAGAGGCUAUGUGAUGGUUGGCAACAAUAUCAUUGAAUGCAAUGAGAACGGCAGAUUUGUUCCAGAAUCACCCACAUGCAAACUAU